ACAAAGAAACAAAUAUGGCGUAGUGUUGUACGUCAAGUUAUAAGAUGUAUUUUAGUAUUUUUCUUAAAUAAAAAUGUAUGAAUCAAGUAAAUUAGUGUUCCUUAAUUUUAUUUUUCUUUUAGUGACAGUGCACAUAUGCCGUAGCGAACCGGCACAGCACCUAUCUCUCCACAGCCCGGAGACCUUGAUAUCCGAGGCGGAAUACCUCGAGGUCCUCAUCAGGAGGGUCGGAGAAAACCUGACCCUGGUCUGUGAGAUCAAGGGAGACCGGCAGCCGAGGUUGUACGUGUGGAACUAUGUGGCUGCCAACGGGAGUUCUAGUCAUAGGCGUUUCGCCAUCGAACCCUCCGGGCCCACAGCCUCCAGCUCGCUCCUGCUGCCGGACCUGCAGGUGGAAGACAGCGGGCGCUACCUCUGCUCCUCGCCACCCUACAGCGUCACCAAGUUCGUGCUGGUGCAGCGGGCUGCAGGAAGCAUAAACUGCGCGCGCGGUGCGUUUUCAUGCGGCGACCGCUGCGUUUUACCGACGUAUGUGUGCGACGGCCACCCCGACUGCAGACACGGGGAAGACGAAGCCCCGCCGAUAUGCCCGCCGUCAGUGUGUCAGCAGCCCGGAAUGCUGAAUUGUUCAACCGGGCGAUGUAUAUCGGCGGCGGCGUGCUGCCCCACUCCCAACGCGGGCCCGCUCUGCCUGCAGCAUAGCUGCUGCUCCGAACACGACCCGUACCGGACUGAAGGGUUCGUGGAGGUGGAUUUCCCGGCGUCGUUCGAGGACAAGCACGCCCCCGACCAGUACGGGUUCAUACAGUCCACCAUAUACACCGUCACAGCUUGCGCCCUGAUAUUUAUGAUAGCGGCGGUGUUGCUCGUGUCGGCUAUUUGUAAAAUGCAUAUGAAGCGCGCAGCACUGCGGAGCUAUGCUCGGGCAGCGGCGCAGCGGAACUAUAUGACACACCCGCCGCCGCGCUACCCGCCGUGCUACGAGGCGUCGCGGCUGCUCGAGCAGGCCGCCGCGCCGCUGGACUCGCUCGACAUGGCCACGCACGCCAUCAUGGUAACUAUACUUCCGUUGUAUUUAUUCCAGCAAACCACUCCGGACCCGGUGCCGGACGAUAACCCGGACCACGCCGGAUUCGGGCUCUCUCGGCUCUCGUCUAUAUUCUCCUCACGAUACAGACAGGUGCCGACGAGCUGCGACGUGGAGAUGACGACGGUCCGGCCGGCCUCGCUCAACAGCUCGCCGGCGCGGCGCCCGCGCCUGCGCGACUACCGCAGCCCCACCUACGACGACAUCAACCAGGAGUACUUCCUCAACGCGGAGACGGGUAACUGCGGACGCGAACUCAACUACAUGUCGCCAGUGGAGAUGUACCGCAGCCGGCUCGACUUAGACCGCCGCCUCACACUCCAACUAGGGCGGUUCCAGCUGUCGGUCCCGCGCUUCGGGCGCUCGCGGCCCGGCACGCCCGGCGUGGCCGAGAUCAACAUACACGACUUGGACUUCGUGCGCCACUCGGCCGACACCUACACGCUCAACGGACGCACCAUCAGACUCCUGGGCGCGAAUUUCUCGACGUGCCCUCGGCCGCCGCCGUACACGUGGCGCAAGGCCGGCGGCCCGCCGCCAGACUACGUGCGCGCCGACACAGCCGACACCACCGCCGCCGCCGCCGACGCCGACGCCGAUAACAACACCGAGAUGCCGCCAAGGUACGAAGACGUGAAUAGCAACGAGGAACAUAUAGAACGAGUGACCGUCUCCCUCAACGCCAUACGAGAGAGCGGCGAGAGUCUCAACUCCAUACGAGAGAGCGGCGAGAGUCUCAACUCCACCGACAACGCGCUCGACAACGACAACAUGAACUCCAUCGCGCACAUGCUCGCCACCGACAACAUACCCGCCAUCGAUGACGUCAACGCCAACGAGAUUGUCGGCGAUUAGUUUAGUCGGUGGAUUUUUGUCGGUGAACGUUUGAAGCUCUCGCCACCGACA